CAAGGCGGGCUUAUUGAUACACCAGACGGAAAAUGGUUUUCGUAUUUGUUUAAAGAUUCCGGAGGUGUAGGCCGUAUUCCUUAUCUGGUUCCUGUGGAAUGGAAGGAGGGCUGGCCCAUUUUAGGUAAAAAUAAUAAAGUACCAGAAUAUCUGGAUUUACCACAAAGCAAAGGUUUAAUUCCGGGAAUUGUAAACUCAGAUGAUUUUACAAGAAAAAAAAAUGAUCCUGAUUUGCCUUUGGUCUGGCAAUGGAACCACAAUCCUGAUAACUCCCUGUGGUCUGUUAGGGAAAGAAAAGGAUAUUUAAGAUUGAAAACAGGCCGGAAAGACAGCAGUUUUGUGCAGGCUAAAAAUACCCUUACACAAAGAACUUUUGGAUCUGAAUGUUCCGCAUCUACCUUAGUGGAGGUAUCUAAAAUGAAAGAAGGCGACUUUGCAGGACUUUCGUUAUUGCAAAAAGAAUAUGGAUUUAUAGCGGUAAAGGUUGAAAAUGGUACAAAAAAAAUAGUCAUACUUGAUGCCGUUAAAGGCAAUCCGCGUGAAGUUGAAAGCAUUUCUUUAGUUCAGGAUAAAAUCUAUUUCAAAGCAGCAUGUGAUUUUAAAGAUAAAGCAGAUACCGGAAGAUUUUUUUACAGUCUAGAUGGUGAAAAAUGGAUCAGCAUUGGAAACGCAAUAAAACUGCCUUAUACAAUUCCUCAUUUUAUGGGAUAUCGAUUUGGGUUGUUCAACUAUGCAACUACAAAUAUUGGCGGUUAUGUA